GCUGAGCAGGCAGCACCAUGUCAAUGUGACAGCUGAUCGGGUAAAUGAUGCACCACUAACCACUGUGGAAAAGAGGAGGAGGAAAUAAAAAGAACUAGCCACGGUUCCCUGCACUGGAUUGUGAGCCUUUGGCAGUCAGUAGCAUAUCUCUGGCAAGUGGGAACGUGGGUUGUUGCUGUAAGCAAGCCGUUUUCUCUCUUGCUGUGAAAGAAGGAUAUAUUGUAUGUACUGUACACUUUAACACACAAGCUGUCUACAGCUCUGCUCUAUGGAUGGAAGCACUGAAGGGAUCUUACUGAACAGAGACACAGCUGAUCAUUUAGACCAAGAAACUAAACUAUGCAGGUGGAAAAUAAUAUUAUGAAGACUUAGCAUUCAUGGGAGCUGGAGUUAAUGCACCUAAUAAAUAAGGGGCGUAAUCUCCAAUAACAAUCUCUACAUAGAUCUUCAUCCUUGGGUAUUUUGGUUUCACUCUAUCAAGGAUACACCAACCUUCACAUGCAGUCUGCAUGACAACUUUGGACAAGGCAAUUUAAAGGUUGUAACUUUUAACCAAGGACGACACAUCACUGCUUGUGUGACUUCCACCAGCUGACAAACACUUUUUUACUCCGGAACAAAUGAUCUGUUCAUUCUGAAGUUAAGUGUAGUGAUUGUGAAAUCCUUAAGGACCUAUCGCUUACUGGAGGGAAUCAGGCCAAGAUGAAGGACAUGUCAUUUGCUGUUCAUGUUUUUGUUGUUGCAAUGGCUGUUUUAGUACACGCUAUAGAGAAGAAAGUGGACUGCCCCCAGUCAUGUGUUUGUGAAGUAAGGCCAUGGUUCUCGCCAAAAUCCAUUUAUAUGGAGGCUCCUACAGUCGACUGUAAUGAUGUAGGAGUUUUUAUUUUACCUCAGAGAUUACCGUCUGACACCCAGGUUUUAUUGCUGCAGACUAACAACAUUGCAAAAAUCGAAAAACCUGUAGACUAUCUGACCAACAUCACUGAGAUAGACUUAUCUCAAAACAAUUUAUCCUCAAUGAGUGAUAUCAAUCUAGGACAUCUGCUCCAACUUCUGUCUCUACACAUGGAGGAAAACAAGCUAAACAAACUGCCUGACAACUGCCUGCCUGGACUGGCCAAUCUUCAGGAACUUUACAUCAAUCACAACUUCAUCUCUGCUAUUGCACCUGGAGCCUUCAAAGGGCUUCAGAACCUCUUCAGACUCCACCUUAAUUCCAACAGGUUGCAGAUGAUCAAUAGUCAGUGGUUUGAGGCAAUUCCAAGGCUAGAGAUUCUCAUGAUUGGAGAGAAUCCAAUCAUCAAAAUCCAAGAUAUGAACUUUAAACCACUUAUCAAUCUGCGCAGCCUGGUUCUGGCAAGAAUGAAUCUUACUGAAAUACCUGACAGCGCUUUAGUUGGUCUUGAUAAUUUGGAGAGCAUCUCAUUUUAUGACAACACAUUUGCUAAAGUGCCCCAUUCCGCUCUUCAGCAGAUUCCAAGCCUAAAAUUUUUGGAUCUAAAUAAAAACCCCAUACAAAGAAUACAGAGAGGUGACUUCCAUGAUAUGCUACACUUGAAGGAGUUGGGAAUAAACAACAUGCCUGAACUGGUAUCUAUGGAUAGCCUCGCUUUAACCAAUUUGCCAGAACUGACAAAAAUAGAAGCAACAAACAACCCUAAGUUAUCAUAUAUCCACCCAAAUGCUUUCUACAAACUCCCCAGACUUGAAACAUUGAUGCUCAAUAGUAAUGCUCUCAGUGCCCUAUAUUGGAUUACAGUAGACUCUCUGCCUAACCUUAGAGAAGUAAGCAUGCACAGUAAUCCGAUCAGAUGCGAUUGUGUCAUCCGUUGGAUAAAUAUGAAUAAAACUAAUAUACGAUUUAUGGAGCCUGAUUCUUUGUUUUGUGUUGAACCACCUGAGUUUGAAGGCCAGCAUGUAAAACAAGUCCUUUUCCGAGAAAUGAUGGAAAUAUGCCUUCCUCUUAUUGGCCCAGAGAGUUUCCCUCCUCAAAUUAAUUCCUACAAUGGGAGUUCCGUUUCUUUACACUGUAGGGCAUUUGCAGAACCAGAGCCUGAAAUUUACUGGAUCACACCUUCAGGCAAUAAGGUCUUGCCCAAUACAGUUACUGAGAAAUACUACAUGCAUCCUGAAGGAACCUUUGAAAUAUAUGAUAUUACAGAACAUGAAGCUGGUUUGUACACCUGCGUUGCCCACAACCUUGUUGGCGCAGAUUUAAAAACUAUUUUGGUAAAAGUUGACGGAUCUUUUCCACAGCCUACUAAUGGGUCUUUGAAUGUCAACAUAAAAGACGUGAAAACUAAUUCAGUUAUGGUAUCUUGGGAAAACUCUCCUAAGAGUUUAGCAUCUAAUAUUAAAUGGUCCACAACUAUGAAAGUAAAUGCUCCAACUGUCACUUAUACAGUCAGAGUCCCAGCAGAUGUGAAGGUUUACAACCUAACCCUUCUAAACCCAUCAACAGAGUACAAAGUAUGUGUGGAUGUCCCCAGCAUCCACCAGCAGAAUGACAAGAAAUGUGUCAAUGUCACAACAAGAGGAUUAGACCUUGCAGUGAAAACAAAAGAAAAUUGGAGCACAGCAACAUUAAUGGCAGUCCUUGGAGCACUUAUGGGUGCGGCUUUCAUGUUUUGUCUCAUAUUUUAUGUAGCUUUUAAGAGAAACUGCAUAUUAGGAAAUCAUUUUUUUAAAAAUUCCCAGUCAAAAAAGCCAACCAUUCCUUUAGAUGAGUUGUAUUCUCCACUUACUAGUCUUUGGGUAUCUGAAAAGGGAGUGGGUUCAGCUGUAGAAGUAAAAGCCACAGUAAUAGAUGUGUCAAACAAUUUCUUAUAAGAAAUAACUGAAGUCAUUUGGCUUUUAUAUAAUAAAAAUGAGAGAAGAGGGGGAAAAGCACAAGACUGCAUUCAUCGUGCUACCUUAACCUUGAUACCAACUUUCUGGAACAUCUGACUACAGCGUUGGUCUACAGUAUAAGGAAUGGGAAUCUAAUUUGUUAACAGCAUACCUGUUCCUAAAAAUGACAUAGAAAGAAAGGUACCAGAGCAUAUUGUUUGCAACAUUACACUGAAUGUGAUAUUCCUGGGUACUGGCUAUAAGAAUGGUGCAAAUGGAAUAAAGAAAACAAGAAAGCAUUGUCUCUGUUACUGACUGUUAUAAAGAGUAGUGGAGCUAUCUUAGUGGUCCUGAACAAUAUAGUAUGUGCUGUAUUAUAAAUAUAGGCAAGUAAAAAUACCACAUGUGGUGUUAUAACGGAGAAAAUCCAGUAGAUUAGAGGAUACAAGUGACUAUGAUGUGAAACACUUUUUAUGAAAUAAUAUACAUUUUUGAUGAAUCAAAAAAUAAAAAAUAAAUUGUUUUUUGCCUUUUCAUUUAAAAUGAAAGUGAAUGAACCCAACCAAUCAAGAACUGUUGGGCCCUAUUCAUAAAGGUUUAACUCAUGAGCUAUUAAAAAAAGGGCUAUUUGUUUUAGGAUAAUGGAUAUUGCUGUAAGGCUAAAAUAUAUAUAUUUUUUUGUCAAGACAAAAGAAUUGAAGAGUAACUAAGCUUUGUGAAUCUGUCUCAGUUUCUCAACCAAAUCAUCUUAUUCUACUCGAAAAUUCUGAGCAAUCCUAUCACUGGAAAUUAUCUGGUGUAAAUAAUAUAACUAGAAAGAACAGUACAUGGUAUAAGCCAAAAACACUCCGGGUCUGGAGUACAACAAAAAAAAAAGGAUAAAAGGACGAGUAAUAAAAGCAUUAUUAACCAGCUGAUACGGAAAUGAAGAGAAAUGGUGGUUGAAAUAUCUAUUCCUUUGGUGUGAAGAAAAGUUUCAUAAAACAUUGUGUUGUACAAAUAGAACCAUGAAUUCUAUACAAACAUGAGAACUGAAAGCAGAUUACAAAAUAUUUUGAAGCAAGUGCUGCAGAGACAAAGGCAGAUUGCUGUUCAUUUACUGUAUUUUAAGUCGUGUUUUUGGCUUUAAAAUAGGGCCGUAUAACAUGUAGAAUGUUUUUUUUUCCUUUUUAAAGCACGUGUGACAGUUUUGAUAUUUGUAUGUACUGGAUCAUUACUCAGCUGGGGGUAUCACUACCACAGUAAUUACUGUCUAGCACUGAAAAUCUCCAGCUUGCCAAUUGAACAUCAUAUUAAUAGGUGUUUGGUGUAAAUAAUAACCCUUCUCAAUCACUGCUAUUGUUCACAUAGUAAAACAUAGCUACCUGUUUGAGAGAUUGAAUAGUUUAUAAAAGCGAGCAGAAUUGUGUAGUCUGGUGUCUGCAGCCAUUGCCAUUCAUAACAUCAUCAUUACCUACUUCCCUGUAAUGGGUUUACUUAAGAAUGAUAACAAAUACAGGUUAUAUCUAACUGUGUACAAAAUUGUAUACAAAUUGGCUCAUCCAUUUUACUGCUACUUUGAGAAAGCCAGUAACAGAGGAUGGGACUGUCACAACCUACUUCUGUGUCAUAGAUUUAUCUCAGAAGCAAUAGGAACCAAGUUUGUACCUAACUGUAACUGUACAACCACUUAUCCAACCUAUUUCAAUCAUGAUUGCUACAUAAGCUUAUUUCCAACAAGCUGUGAGACCACCGUCUGUUGGAGGGUUGUGCGUGUAACAAAAGGGACAAUACCAUAAAAAUAAAAGAAUAUGGAUUGUUGUCUCGGUGAUAGAGUUUGGAAUUAUAUAUGUGCAUUAUGUACAGUAUGCUUACCAAAUAUUUCAAAUUAUUAGGGAAGUUACUGGGUUAACACUUUGAUAUUAAAAUUCUUAAACAAUGUGAAAUUGCAUGAGGCUGAUUAUUACAUUUUAAGAGUGCUACAUGAUUAGAGAGUAGCUGACUUCCAUGGUGAAUAUGUUUCUUCACUGCCAUAGGCCUUGGAGUGAUUAAAGUCUAGAAUGCCAUUCAUCAUUGUUCGGCUAAAUGUCUUCUAAAAAUAUAACAGAUAUGGUUUUGAAAUUACAUUAUUAACUGCCUUUUGUUGCAUAGUUUGUCACGCACAUACAGUGGAUUAUGUAAAAAAGUGUUUAAAGAGGGCCAAAAAAUAAUAAAUAUCAGUUGCUUAAUACGCAUGACAGCAUCACAGAACAUCCCCAUAAGUCUUACUGUUAAGCACAUGAUGCCAAAAUAACAAGAAAUAGCUGUUUGCUUAUAGAGUUGUUUGUUGCACAAAUUUUACACAAAUGGGUCUUUACACUUGCUUGAAAAGUAUAUAUUUCUUUUCAAACACAAUUGUGAUUUUUUAAAAAAUAUUUAUAUGUCCUUGGUCAUUAAUCAACUGGGGGUAUCGCUUAAAAAAGUCAUUUUACAGGCCAGAACAGAACGAGUCUCCCGUUUUCCAUCUGAACAUCAUAUUAGUAGACGCUUCAGUGUAAAUAAUAGUCCCUCUCAAUCACAGCUGCAGUAUUGUUCACACAGAAAGCAUAGCAACUUGUCUAGGUGGUUGUUCAGUUUAUAUUAUAGCACAACUAGUUUGUGCAGCCAUUACCGUGCAUAGCAUGACUUACUUCCCAUUAACAGAUUUAAUUAAAAAUGAAGAAGAAUCGAGAUGGUACCUUUCUGUGUAUUUGAACACAAUUGUAUCCAAAUUGAAUCUCUGUCGAGGAUGAAUGUCAGAACCUACUUCUGUUACACAUAUUUACUGUAUUUAUAAAGCAAUAGGCCACCUUACACUGUACCUAUUCAACAGCGCAUCCAUAUUUUAAACCCCUUUUGUGACCUUGACCUGGAGGUUCCCCAGAAUUCUUGUAUAUGACAUAGUUUGUGACAGUAACCUCCAUGACCUACUUGCAUUGUGAGAUACAGUGGAUGAAGUACGGACGGAAAGCAUCAUAUUAAUAUAUUACUCUUUGCAUGGUGGCAACAAAAUGCACCACAGUACUUGACUGGCAGGUAACAGUAAGUAGAGAAAAUACAACUCAAUGGAUGUUGUUUAAUUCUACAAAUGAGCACUCCACUGUUUUAACCAUCAACUGAAUAAACCCCAAUAACAAUAAUAAUGAACCACACAACCCUAUCGCGCAAGGUUUAAUUUCUCUCUUAACUUUGCUGUAAUUCUAUCAGUUUAUAUAAUGAUGUUGAGAAUACUUGCUAAUAAGGCCAGACAUUUAAAAAGGUUGCAAAGUAAAAAUAAUAAAAUAAAAAUAAAAAAAACUAAAGCAGAAUUACAUUACAUUCAAAAUCCAAUAGGUAUUCCUAACACAAAAAUCACAAACCUGAUGAAUCACCAUCACACACAAGCUGACAUGAGAAUUUAUCAGAUAGACAUGCCCAUACAUCAUGAAACAUGUCAGCACCUUGGACAAGGCUUUUAGAGCUAGGCUAUUAGUCAAAGACACAGGAGCUGAAAUAUGACCUAUUGCAAUGCAGGUACUGUAGAGGUCAGCAGGAAUGUGCUCAUGUAUCUUGGAUCUUCCCCUUUUGACCCAAGUUGCAUUUAGGAGCUAUUACAGAUAAGUUUGGUGGUGUGUGGGUUUCUUUGUUAAGACACAACAAAUUUAAGUGAAAAUGAAAAAAGACAAUGGUAAGUGAUGGAAAUCUCAUAUGAGGAAAUGCUACAUUUUUGCAGGUAAAUGUACAUUGUUUCAGCAUCAUCAACUGUGUCUUUAUAUUUAUUAUGCAAUGAUUAAAAUGUGGUUUAAAAUAUCUACAAAUAAGCUACUUUGCAUUUGUUUGACAAUGUAUUAAAUACUACAAGCUAGAUAAUAAUAUAACCCCAUUGAUCUAUGAAUAAUAAUAUCUGCCAUAAGCUGAAACCAAAAGCAUUCUUCAGAUUAACAUAGCUAUAGUCUUUGUAUUCACCAUUCCAUACAAUAAUUUGAAGAGUAACUCAUUAAAGUAUGUGCAUUUUUUAAGGUUCUGAUUUCAGGGUUAAACUCAAUAUAGUAGUCCCUGUGCAUAGGAACACCUCCUAAGAGAACACUUUUCCUAAGGGAACACCCUUGUGGUGAAACAGAUUUUUCCCAUUGUAAAUGCUCUGGCAGAGACUUCGCUUAAAAGAAAACCUUCUUGGCACCGAUAGUGAUUCAUUCACAAUGGAUACAACGCUGUUUUGUAACCUGAUAACUCAUCAUCAUCAAACUUAAAUCAAAAUGGUUUAUUCAGUCUUUUCAAAAGCGACUUGUCAUUGCGAGAGUGUCUUGAGGCACACUGAUUGGUUGAUUCAAUCUUUCCAGAACCGCUGUUAUCUCACUGAUUCAUUUUGUAUUCUGAUUUCCACGAGUGCACCUCAUCGCUACAAAAUGACAUGUAAACAAACGGCGAAAUGCACAGCUGUUUCUUUUGCUACAAAAAGUUGGAAAUUGUUCGAGCUCUUGAAAAAAACCCUGAAUCAGACACAAGUCACCGAACAAUGUGGUGUUUCCCGUUCUGGUGAGUUGCUUCACCAUUCUGUUAAAUAAUGUGCAUGUCUUGUAUAUUGCUGCUGCAUUUUUUAAUGUGUGUAGGGGUGCUGUGUUAAAUUAGUUUGACAGAUAGUUUAUUAACAUUAGUUUGUCUGUUACUUUAUUAUUACAGUUUAUUAACAUACACUUGCCUAUUGCUUUUCUUUUACUUAUUCAGUUCAUUUCAUAUGUUGAUGCACGUGCGUCAUGACAAGUAAUACAUAUUUAUGUAUUUAUUGAUUGAUUGAUUCGUAUUGUGUCUGGUAGCUAAUUCCGUCUUAGAUAACACUUUGGCUAUAAGAACACUUCGCUUGCUUCCCAAGGGGUGUUCUGUUAGCCGGAGACUAGUGUAAAACCCAAUUAAUAACCCUUAAAUGGAAUUUACAAAAUGAACAUUAAAACAUGUAAAAACAUUUAUUUAUUAACCCUUUGUCAAUGA